GGAGCGCCUACUAUCACAAAGAUUGAAGACAGUAACGUCCAAGAGAUUCAUGUCCCAUGAUGGUUGUUUUCACAAGAUGAGAUACAAAGGCCUGUAUAAGAUGGUGGAUUAAUAUGCGGGACGACCCGAGUGCAGACUAGAUAAGACAAUCUAUGAAAGCGACUAAAGCAUAUCUAGAAUAAGUUGCAGGUAAUGAGCAGAUUAGAGGUUGUUCGAAUGUGUCAGUACCAGCUAGGUUGGGCAAUACAUGCAGUGAAACAAGAUCAGAUUCAAGUAUAAAAGGAACCGAAAGGUUGUCAACCCCACAAAGAAAGGAGAAGGUUAUAAAACAUCAAGAUUUGAAACCAUCACGCAAAACGCAUGCAAACUAGCAUCAGUACUUAUCAUGCGGUAUAUUUCUCUCAAUUCGGCUAUUUUCCUAUCCGCAAGCCUAUAUAGGCAUGUCUUUGGGCAGGAUAAAAAGGAGCAAACAGGCUACAUGGAGGCAUAUGAGCCUGGAAUGCCAAUGAACCAAUUUCAUUUUGGGCAGGCCGAGACGCAAGAGACACUUGAUAUCGCAGCGGCAUAUCGACUUGGCGUGACUACUGACCAACGCGUUUUUCUGGAUGACGAGACGAAACAAGAACCCGAGGCGACUUUGUAUGAGACGGGUAUCCCUAAUGGUGACCUCAAGAACUCGGACGCCUCAUCCAACAUGAGUGACACCCUUGGCAGCUCCGGAAUGUGGGAGGCUUUGGUUUCAGCGUCGUGGCCCAGGGAAGAAGUUGCAGCUUAUGAAUAUAGAGCAAAUGGAAGACCAUAUAAGCUUUUGAUAAAUGAAGUAAAGCUCAAAAUGAAGGUUAUCAAGUUAUGCGGUGGCUUGUUCUAUGCACGCAACAUCUUCUGGAAGGGCGGUAUAUCAGGAAAUCACUUGCACCAAGACAACUACUUCAACCAAGCACAGUUCGUUGCGGGCUUGACACAGGCGACCGCUGACACCUCUUUUGGUGCUGUUGUCCGCGAUAAGCCCAUCGAGAUUAUGACUGAUCGAACGAGCAGUGCAUGCAGUGUAGUCUCUUCUUGGACAGACAACGGAAACUGGGGGAAGUUGGGGGACAUUAUGGACCAUUUCAUAGGGCUUUGGAGUGCACCGAAAGAAACCUGCGCUAUGAGCCCGUCACAUGGUAGUGGCAACGGAUUGCAAUGUGCUCUGCCGUGCGACCCAAUCAGUCCGAUAUGGCUUGAGUCGACUGACAAAUACCUGAGACAGGAUUUUAUUGCUUUUCCUGAAACAGAAAAAGCAUACUCAGUAUUAUAUAAAUUACGUGGUCGAUUCAAUAGUGGAGACGGUAAUGGGGGGCUUAAAGCACCGACUUGGCUGAAUGCCCAAUGUGACGGUGAUAACUUGUACUUUAAGGAAACUCCAGAUGAUCCGACAUGGGUGGUAUUCUGGAAAGAAUGAGGGAUGGAAGAAAUUGAAGAUCAACUGAUUGAUAGUAAGCUUUGAUUUAUCGAUUGGCCAAGGUGAAGUAAGUUCGCUACAGAAGUACAAUCUGUAUGUUGCUGGAACAGAUUAUUGUCAUUGUAUGGAGUCCUCCGCUGAAGAAGUUUCAGCUCGGCUUACAAUUACAUGGCGGGUUUAUAUAAUUAUUAUGCUUAGUAACCGUAGUAA